CCACUAGUACUAAGGAGUAACAGGUGGAGGCUACUCGUGGGGGUGCUGUUGAGCACCAAAGUUCUACCCUAGAGGGGGCUAUGGGUGCAAGGACGUUGGUAAUAGCAACCCAUGCGCUUCUCCCAUGACAUAUGGUUGUGCUGGCCAACUGGGGCUGCGGUCAUGUGCCUGAGAGCUUCUCCCGUGACAUAUGGUUGUACUGGCCAACUGGGGCUACAGUCGUGGACCCGAGAAGGACAUUAAUGUGAUGCUUUCCCUGCAUCCUGAUCUCCUCCUUACCACUAUGGUGUCAAUGCAAAUUAAGAGUGCCAUUAGGGUUCUCACCACGUGCCACCUUUUGAUCAAUUUGAGGGGCUGCUUGAAAGAAGCUACCGGGAUGCUUAAGUUUGUCGAGGUCAAGCUCCGGGCUAAGGCUGUAGAGCUGGAAGCGACUGAGAAGGUUCAGGUGCCAGUGCACAUUGAGGUUGAGGUCCUUCGUGAGGCCCUAAGGAUUUUUAGGGAGGACCAAGCCACCGGCGCCUCUUUAUUGGCCAUGAAGCAGUGGAGAAGGUCGAGCUGGUAGCCCAUGCAGUUGAGGUGGAGGCGAGGGCCUCUAAAGCGCAUUCCCGCCUAUCCGAGGUGGGAGUUCGGGCCGUUGAGGUGGAUGCCAAGCUAGUGGAAGUCAAAACCGUGAUUCCUGGGAGGGAGGUAGAUGCAGUAUAGGCCUUCAAUGCACCUGAGAAUCAUGUAGCUGAGCUAGAUGAGACAUUCAAUGAUGGCUUCUGGCGUUGUCGAGAAGACGUCCAACACCGGAACCCUGAUCUCGACUUAAGGUAUCUCGAUGACGAUUCUUCUAAGGCCUUCGAGGUUACCGCUCCUGACACCGACGACCUUCCUUAGGGAUAGGUU